CCCUACAAUUUUCUCAACAUGCCUUCAGGACAAGGAGCCGGUACCAACCCCAUCCACAACAAGAAGCCCAAGAAGAAGGCUCAGGAUCUCGACGAGGACGACGUGGCCCACAAGGCUAAGCUGCAAGCUGACAAGAAGGCGCGCGAGGAGAUGGCCAGCGCGACCAAGGGCAAGAAGGGACCCCUCAACACCGGCUCGCAGGGCAUCAAGAAGUCCGGCAAGAAAUAAGCGACAUGCGAACGACGCGAGAC